AUGAUUUAUGGCCAUGAAGAAUUUGGCGGUGGCUCAAAUUGCAUUGGAGCUUUUAAUAAUUACUCAUGUAUCGGCGGUGAAGCAACAUUGAUUGCCUAUGACAUUAACUUUGAUAAUAUAAUCAUUGCCGCAGGUGCAGGUGGCGGCGCUGGAUACCAUCGCACUUCAGGUGAGGCACCGGACGGUUUUGGCGGCCCAUUCGCCGAGGAUGGCUAUGGAAGCGCCUCUUGGUUCACUCCAGAACAAGCAAAGAAAACACGUGGAAAAGGAGCUACUUCAGAAGCCUCAGGAUAUGGUGGAGAAUAUCUCAACUCCGCUAGUCCUCGUUAUUGUAAAGCAAAAAGAGGACAAAAAAUAAGAGGGGGAGACUCCUGUUGUAAGGCAGACGCCUCAUCAGGGGGUGGCGGUGCUGGAUAUUUCGGCGGUGGUGAUGGUGCUGACAUUGCGAGCGGUGGCGGGGGAAGUAGUUAUGCUCAUCCAAGUUUGAUGAAUGUUAAUUUACUUGGAGGGGAUAAAUUUUUCCCUGAUCCUAUAAAUCAACAAAUUGCAAUCAAAGGUAAAAAAGGAAAUGGAUUUAUAAAAGUUACUGAAUCAAAUCCAUACACGUUUGUUAAACUAUCUCAAAGUUGUAAUCCAGCUCUGAUCAAAUGCUCAUGUAUCAAUUUCAAUCAAAUGAGAUACCUUAUCGGACUUGGAUUUUUUAUCUUGUCAGAUUAA